AUGAAGCUACUUUUCUUUCUCUGCUUGCUCGGCAUCGCCGCUCUCGCCGAAGCUGGAGCCUGCAACAGCGGGAUCAAUGCAAUCGCCGUUCCUCUGCUGAAGGGAUAUCCCCCUGCGCAGUCCUUCUGUAGCGCAAAAUACCCUCAGCCAGUCACACUCGUCCUCGACGACCACGACGACAACAAGACCUCCAUCAACGACGCCCACCACUUCAAGAAGUGCGACGACGACUCAGGACGCCAAGGCAUCGCAAUGGUCUGUCUUGGUGUCCGAGGCUGGAGCAGCUUUGUCGACCUUCUGCUCCUGUAUCGAAACUCCCAGCACCAAGACUGUUACUCCCACGACGACGACGACGACGACAACCACCACUACUACUACCACUACCACCACGACAACGACCACUACAACGACCACGACAACGACCACGACAAGCACGAUCCCGACAACGACGACUUCAACGCUUACCUGCGUCCCACAAGGGGGCGUCUGUAA